AUGUCUAGGUACCACAAGGCAGCAAUUGAUGGAUACUUGGACCUCUUAAAAGAGGCCACGAGGAAGGACCUGAACACUGCGGAUGAAGAUGGCAUGACUCCCACCUUAUUCGCUGCUUUCCACGGACAUGUCGAUGCGCUUCAGCUCAUAUGUAGCAGAGAAGGAGACCCCAACCGGAGUGACAUCUGGGGAAACACACCGCUGCACCACGCCGCGGUGAACGGCCACAUGCACAUCCUCAGCUUCCUGGUCAACUUUGGUGCCAACCUUUUUGCCCUGGACAAUGAAUCCCACACAGCCAUGGACGUGGCUGCGUCUCGCGACCGCAUGGACUGCGUGCGCUUUCUAGACGCCGCCGCCUCACAGCAGACCAACCAAAACCCCAAGAAGGUCGCCAAUCUAAAGAAGGAGGCCAUCAAAGAAGCGGAGAAGCGUGCAAAGCUCUGUGAGAAGGUGAAGAAGAAACACCAGAGCAAGAUGGAUAAAAUGCAACGCGGAGCGGGCAAUACUGGGUCCCUCUCAGAGGCCAGCAGGACAUCAGCAUUCUCAGACGGCGGCACCAUGUCCAGCGUCAAUGAGCAGUUCUCCAAACUUAGUGCUGCUGAUAAAUCGGGCUCCCUUUCAGCCCGGGUUAAGGGCACGCUCCAGAAGAAGCUUGGGAAGAAAGAUAAAGGCACACUGCAGCGGUUGGGAGGGGACGGGAACGUUGUUUUCCUCAAACCGGAGAGUAGAGCUUCUGAGCAGCCAGAGUUUCUGGAUGUCUUCAAUGAGCAGGAUGAGAGCAUGUUAGACGAAGACGGAAUGGCAGGCUAUGACGAUGACAACGACGAGACCGGCCAAGUCAAACAGUCCAUCUUCAAUCGGCCCGGUCUUGGAGGUCUGAUUUUCAUGAAUAAAAUAGGGCUGGAGUCAGAGGACAUCCCGAGUGAGAACAACGGGAGUCUCGGCUACCUCGUUCAGAAUGAGUUGUUUGAGAGAGAGGAAGACGGUGUUGGCUUCGAGGGGAAUGGUGAUGCUGAUCUGCCCUGGGAUCAAGAAGAUCUGGGACUGGAUGAUGAGGAUGAUGAGGAAACUUCUCCUUUGGAUGCAUUCUUGUCUGCCAUCUCCUUGCCAGAGUUUGCCCUUGCAUUCAGCAGAGAACACCUAGACCUGGAGGCGCUGAUGCUUUGCUCUGAUGAAGACCUGAAAGGCAUUCGCAUCCAGCUGGGACCCAGGAAGAAGAUCAUGGAAGCUGUUUCCCGUAGAAAGAACAUAUUGGAGACCCCUGGCAUCGUAAAGGACAGCUCCAUGUGA